CAUCAAUAUCCUGAGAGUUGCCGCAUAAUUAGGCAGGCCGACUCACAUUUUGGCUUCCUUUCCCUUGCUCCUGGCCAACUCGACCCCCCCCCCCCUCUCCCCUUUCAACCCUCUUGUGUGUCUCUCUCUGUCUGGCUUUGCAAGACACGCACACAGGCUGAUGACUAGGCAGUGAGUGUCAGCAAUGCCUAGUGGGAUUCGCCAGGCGCUUUAAAAAAUAAAGUCCCCCGAAAGCCGGCGGGACGACUCGCUGAACUCACUCCUGCCUGGGCUCGAUCUCCAGUAGUCUUGCGUGUGCCGUCACUAUGAACAAUGCCAGAUCAAUCAGCAGUACCAUACACCCUCUAAGCUGCUCCGUGGAUUUAACCUGCUGUCGUGCGUGGUGCCGACAUGACUUCGCUCUACAAGUUCAGGAUUAGAAAAAAGCCCAAAACCCAGAGCAAAUCGGUCAGAGAAGGCAGUCACAACAGAGAUCAAGCUGAGGAUAAAGACGAAGACCCCAACAAUCCUUUUUCCUUUAAGGAGUUUGUAAGGAAAGACAAGCGGAAGGCCGUCUACUACAACUCCAAGGAAGAGGACAUCGACGGUGUCAAUCUCAGCGAUAGCGAAGGGCAUGAAGACAGAAAUCUCAAGGAGCCAGCUAAGGAACUGCUUGAUAUUUUCAAUGAUGAAGAUGACAAUGGGGAAGGAAUUCAGUUCCUGGAUAUGGGUAACCAGGCAAGUCAGGGCCCGAAUGGGAGCAGUUCCCCCGAUGGAAAGGCAUCACAGAGACGAGCAACAAGCAGUGGUGUGCCCAGCCGCUCCAGAGGCAAGGCACAUCGGUCUGCUCAGAGCGCUAUCAACCCAGUCCCUCCGAUCCCUCCCCAUGGUCACAACGCCAACGUCGACUUCCAAUCCCACGCUCCGCCAGGGUCGCCUGCAAAUCCAAUCAAAGCCACCCCUAUCACGGCUACUGAUGUGGAUAAGGCAGCCCGAGGAGCGGAGUUUGUGGACUUUAUUUAUGACUACGCCACUAAGGAUGACGACCAGGAGGCACCGGAGAGAACCACGCGCAGCAACACGGGGACCAACAUGAGCAACGGCCCGCCCAAGCCUGCCGACCGUAAGCAAGGCAGGGAACGGGCAAGGGCCCACACCCAUGGCCACGGUCCCAGGAAACUCAAAACAGCCGCUGCUGCCACCAACAAAGCAGGCAACACCAAGAGCCAGGUGGUGGUUGACUACAUGGAUGCCACCGUCAAUGCCCAGGAUCUACUGUCGCCUUCCUCGCUGUCCACCUCUCUGACAUCAGUACCUAACCUCUCAGUGAACAACGGCACCGAAGUGGACGAGUCUUCGUUGGUACCAAAGCCAGGCAGGGAGCGUGCCCGGGCGCAGUCGCAUGGCCACCGCAAGAAACUGCCCAAGAAGGCCCCCGAACCCCCAGCCAAGAAAGAAACCACACAGUCGGUCCCCGAGAUUGUCCAUGCAGUGGCCGCGGAAAAUGGCCACAACAUCUAUCAGAGUCCCCGGCCCCGGCCCCGGGCCAACGUAUUCGGAGCCGGAGCCACGUCAAACAAGUCCGCAGAUAUCCUGGUAAAGGAGAACGGCGAGGCCAAGACAGAGAAUGAGAUCUACACUAGCCAGCCCAUGCCAGAAAACGUGGAGGAAUUGACAACUGAGGUUACCAGACUAAGAAGCAGCAACAGACAUCUGAGGCAAGAACUAGCCGAUGCCAAGAAGGCUGUGGAAAAAGAUGCCAAAAAGAUUGAGGGGAUGGAGGUGGAGAUGCGAAGGUUGCGAGACCGAGAGGCCGAAGAUGCCAAGACCUUGGAGACGAUGGUGCAUCACGUGGAGGCCAACCUCACCAGAACCACGGAGAGAGCUGUCACAGCAGAAACCACCAUCACCAAAUUGAAAGGAGAAAUCAAAACACUUAAGGGCGAGAUCACUGCCCUGUCCACGAAGAACAAGAAACUGGAAGAAGGGACGGAACUGCAAGAGCUGAAGGAGAAAUCCCAUGCAGCUUCUGUCAAGCUAGCCACAGCCGCCAAAGAAGCAGAUGCGUCCAUCAAGCAAAUGGCGACCGGAGUAGAAGCCUUAAAGCUCCUGGCUGAGACACUUGCCUGCAUUGACCGCAUCUCGGAAGUGCCCAAAUCAUUCGGCACUGCCUUAUGAGGUCUAGCACAGCCAUUCAAAAGUAUUAGCAAACGUUCUAAAGAUUACGCAAAAUAGCACAAAGUAGGUAUAUAUUAAUAUAAAGCUAACAGUAAUUAUUGUAUUGUAUUGUAAUUUAAAGCCAUUUACACUGAAAAGAAGUAUUUUUCCAAAUAAUAUUUUUGAAAUUGUUUCUUUGUAUUUUAGGGAUAUAAUUAUCAACAUUUUUGUAUUAACCCUUCUGCUUUCUGAACAAUCUGAACAGUCAAAAAAUCACAGACGGUCAAAAAUCAAUCCUCUUCCCCUGCCGUGCCUUUUACACAGGCUA